CCAAACAAGGUGUAGGGAAUAAUGCUUACAAAAACUACUCAGCUGAUGAGCAGUAUUACAGGCUGCAAUUAUUAGAAGACAAAAACGAAAAAGCGCCAUACCUGUUAAAUAGAUACACUAAUUAGAAAAUGCUGCAGGUACAAUCAAUCAAAUCAAUGUUAGCUGAUAAUUUGAAAUGCAUCCUGCUCUACUAAAGUUAGUCUGCGCCACUGAACACAUACUAGCCCAUUCUUGUAAAGGCUAUCGUAGUAGUGGGGGUAUUAUUAAAGGCUGUAGUGAUUGUUGUAAAAAAAAAAAAAAAACUACUAGCCGCAGUAUUCUCAGUAUUAGUAGCCGUAGUCCGGACUCGAACCCCCAACCCUGGGGUCGUGUGCGUGUGGGCCACAAGUGAUUGUUUAAACACUUUCCCCCGACUCUCAUUUUUAAAGUGAGUUUUAGUUAUUUGUGCCACCGGAAAACCCAAAGGCUAUUAGGCUAUUAUAUAUGACUAUAUGUAGGCCUAUAUGUCUAGGAUAUUAAAAGGGCAACAGAGGGCGCUCUGAGUUUAUAAUUUACAUCAUGGCCAGCGUCGUUAGCGGCAGGGAAGUUCAGAGGCCAGAGCUGUUUUUUAAUGGCAGAAGACUUUAUUGCUGACCUCCAUGAUUUGUACAGCUACUGUAUUAGUUGGCGUGCAGCAGUAAACACGGUUGGUCUCAAUCAACGUCGCAAGUAGCUCAACGGUUAGCUAGUUAGCAUCAGCUUGACAAGAAGCGGACCGUUCAUUCGUCUGAAACGUCUCAAAGGAAAACUUUUCAAAAGCAUGGCCUCUACUCCUCCACACAAUUUCUCCUGGGUCGAACCAGGCAAAGUGGCUGGACUGGCACUGCCCAGGAUGACAUCUGAAUACCAGUACUUGCUGGACAAUGGUGUCAAACACCUGGUUUGCCUGUGUGAGAGAAAACCACCUUAUUAUGAUUCGUGCCCGGAGUUACAGCUGCACCACAUCAAGAUAGCAGACUUCACUCCUCCUUCACCUAGUCAGAUUGAUAGAUUCCUGUCUAUUGUGGAAGAGGCCAACUCCAAGGGGGAGGGUGUGGGAGUUCACUGCAUGCACGGUCAUGGGAGAACAGGGACCAUGCUGGCCUGCUACCUGGUGAAGACGAGGCAGAUGUCGGGGAUCGACGCCAUCAAUGAGAUUCGCAGACUGCGGCGAGGCUCUAUCGAAACUCACGAACAAGAGAAAGCCGUGGUACAGUUUUAUCAGCGCACAAAGUAGCUUUUAUAGGAGGAACAGUUUUUAAUUAAUUAAUAAGCAUAAAAAAAGUGGAAGAAGUGCCUUGGUUAUAUUGCUAAAUGAAUACUUUAUUAUCUAGGAAUUGAAAAAUACAACAAUUUAUGUUUAAAGAGGUGAUAAAUCAAAAGAUUGAAUGUCCUGGAUGACAACAUUGAACCCAAUAUUGACAUUACCCACAGUAUGCCCAUGGACAUUUCACUAAGGCAAACAUUUCUACAGUAAAUACUUAGUUACUUACGCACACUGCCUUUUCAAUGGUACUGUAAACUGUCAUUUUGCUGCACAUCUUUACAUUUGUUUAUAUAGACAUGCUCCUUCUCUGAGGUCUCUGUUUACGAGGUUUCAACCUUCAUUCGUGCACUGGAAGCCAAUGAAAAGAGACGCUGGCGCUCCUUAAAUGUGAGCUUUUCAGGAGCCAACACUCCGUUGAUUUUUUCCUCUUGGUUUCUGUGAAUAAACAACAAUAUUAGUAGGAAUACUUGAAUUUUAUUACUGUAUGGGGACACAAACAGCAGCCUGUGCUAUUUUUAAAAUGUAUUUAUAGAAUGUAGUCUGCAGAUUUAUUUUUCUCAGGGAUCUCUCUUAAACAGUUUUUGAAAGAAUUAAAUUGCAAUAACUGUUUUAUUAGUACAAUCUGACUAAACAAAGCUUUUUGUGAUAGUACACAACGCAUGAACAUUUCUGUGUCAUUAAGUUAUCAUGAGUAGAACUGCUGCUUAAAUAGCUGCUUGUUAAAUCUGGUUGAAUUACAUUGUUUUGAUUCAACAGCCAAAAAGUUUAAACUCACUCUUUUGAUGCCAUGUUAAUGUCUCGACUCUGUCCGCUUGGUCUUUGAUCUGCCAGAAACAUGGAAAUGUUGAAAUGUAUAAUACAAUAAGAUGUCUGAUGAGCACAGACUUUUAAAUAAAUGAAACUGGCAUAAAA